CCCGAGACCCUUGGGAUGGAAAGUCAACUUAGAUCAGCCGGCGCGCCUCCCGCGACUCCCGCAACCCUUUCAGACUUCAAUAAGCACACUCACGAGCCCGCUGACGACACAAUGGCCUUUGAGUAUUCGGAGCAACUCCUCACCCCCGAGAACAGUCGCUCGGAGACGUCCAGUAACAAUGAAAACGCGUCUACCGAGGAAAAGCCGACUGUACGGCGAAGAUCUACACGUGUAACACGCGCCUCUUUACGGGGAGAGGCACAACUCGACGGCGACAUGGAGAUAGAUAACCAAGGGACCUUGUCUACGGCUGGCGAAAAUGACCCCGCGGUCUCGGAGGAGACUCUGCUCGAUAAAGCUGAGGGCGGAAAGAGGUCCCAGGCCUCCCACCUGCGCCACAGCAUAGCGGUCAUGGAGUCCUGGAGUGAGGCAACGCUCGCACAAGACAAUAUGGAGACUGAAGGGGACCAUCCAAUGGCCCCAGAUACUCCAGUUUCUAAGUCUUCGCAAGAGCUGCAGGCCAGUGACAUGGGCACGUCACUGCAACAACGCACUUUACGGAAGCGCGUAGAGCGGAUCCUGGCUGAGGAAGGGGGCGGCAAUAAGGGCAAAAUUACUGUAACGGCUAAAGAAUCCAAGUCGCCAGUAAGACGCUCGUCUCGUUUGAGUCUGUUAGAGAAGGCUUCAGACCUUGUUGGCCGGGCUAGCAGCGUUUUGGGCAAACGCUCGCGUGACGUGAUGGGAAAGGGUAAAGAACUCAGCCGGCGUGCUAGUUUACGACCUCGAAUUACUGCUCCCAAGGAGGAACCGGCCAAGGCUGCCAGCGAGGCUCCUGCGGCGAAAAAGAGGCGUGUUUCUGAAAGCGAUCUACCUGUCAAAAUCCAGGAAAAUGAAGACGCCGUACAGGAGGCUCCCAAGCCUGUUACUCGAUCCAAGACAAAGCGCUGGUUAGCCCAUGGAUUGUACACAGGCCAGGAAUACACAGAGUCUCGGCCCCUGCAGAGUAGGAACAGAAAUGCAAAGCGCAGAAGCCAAGGUCCCACACAACGCAGACUGCUUCCUAUGCCGAUGUUUGCAGGAGAUCGCCUAUUGAAGCAGGGAAGAGAUUUUCAGCUCCCCUUCGAUAUAUUUUCUCCGCUUCCUUCGGGUCAGCCCAAGCCCAAUGAGUGGAGAAAGACCAACAAGAAUGUCUUUGUCGGGGAAGCAUCCAGCAUAUGGCGAGCAAACAAGCCAUUGGAGCUAUCCAAGUGUAUGUGCGCGGAAGAAGCUGGCUGUGACGAGGAAUGUCAGAACCGUUACAUGUUCUAUGAAUGUGAUGACAGCAAUUGUGGUGUGGGCCCCGAGUGUGGAAAUCGGAAUUUCGAGGAACUGAAGCAGAGAACCAAAGCGGGCGGGAAAUACAAUAUUGGUGUUGAAGUCAUCAAGACGGAGGAUCGAGGAUACGGUGUUCGUAGCAACCGCACAUUCGAGCCUAACCAGGUCAUCGUGGAAUACACAGGGGAGAUCAUAACGCAAGCGGAAUGUGAGAAACGCAUGAGGACGAUUUAUAAAAAAAACGAGGUAUGCAUCCUUUUCACCCUUUCUCUGGUCGAUGGGCGGCGUAUUGACCGCUAUCAGUGCUACUACCUAAUGUACUUUGAUCAGAACAUGAUCAUCGAUGCUACCAGGGGCUCUAUCGCUCGUUUUGUAAACCAUUCUUGCGAGCCCAACUGUCGGAUGGAAAAAUGGACAGUCGCGGGGAAACCGCGUAUGGCGCUUUUUGCUGGUGAUCGUGGAAUCAUGACCGGGGAUGAACUGACCUAUGACUAUAACUUUGACCCAUAUUCUCAAAAAAACGUUCAGCAAUGCCGAUGUGGAUCGGACAGGUGCCGUGGUAUCCUUGGACCACGGCCGCGGGAGAAAGAGCAGCGUUCAAAGGAGAAGGAACUGAGGGCUGAAAACGAGAAGAGAUCUAGUUCGAAGAACAACAAUAAAAAAGCCAGCACCACCAAGCAGAAGGUGUUGAAUGGAUCUACUUCGCGCGUCAAUAAGCGACAGCUUCUUGGUUCGAAGUCCAUCAAGUCUGGCGUGAAGAAAGUUGUUACCAAAGCACGCUCUUCUGCUUCCAAAGCAACUACAACUUCGAAAACUAGUUCGAAAACGAGUGCCAGCACAAAAGCCUCCAAGACGACAAACAAGAAAGCCAUCGCAACCCCAGCACGGCGCCAAUUGAAGAAGGAUAAUGCCAGAUCUAAGAAGGAAGUUAAACUGCCAAAGGUCAAAACCACAAAGACUAAAGCCAGGAAACCGAUACAGACAACCAAAACCCAGUCGGCUCCAUCAACAUCUAAACUAAGCCGUCCGUCCGAGAAGACUAAAGCGAAGAUCCUCCAGGCUGCUAAGGGGACGAGCACUCGCGGACGUACAGUGAAGAAGGAAGACACCAAGACCAAGAGUCCUGCCAAGCGUACUUCUAAAGGCAAGGAGACUACUCCUCGCGGGAAGGCAGCAAGCAAGGCUGCUAAUAACUCCAAGGCAUGA